AUCCCUCCCCCAACUUUCCUACCCUUUUUUUUUGUUUCCCACAUCCCUCAUUCUCGUGGUUGUUGGUUUUUCUGUUUUCCAAGUUUCCAAAGGGGCCAGAUCAACCCCCAGCAACAUCGUCAACAUGGCUUCCUUCCAUCUCGAUGGCAAGCAGAUGAGAAAUGUGUCCAUCUCGGACGCGCCAGGCUCGCCUCCCGACGGCGCCGACGAGGUCUUCGACGACGGCCUCAGCCAUGUCGCCGAGAAGUUCAGAGGCACGUCGGCCGACAAGCGGGACAUGAUGGUCAUGGGCAAGAAGCAGGUGCUGCGUCGAAACUUCAGCUUCAUCACCAUGCUGGGAUUUGCCUCGACUUGCAUUGCCAGCUGGGAGGGUAUUCUAACGUACCUUGGCUUCGUCUUGACUGACGGUGGCCUCCCCCUCCUGUUCUGGGGCUUCAUUGCAUGUGCUAUCGGGCAGACUCUGGUUUACGCCAGUGUGGCUGAAAUGGCUUCGAUGUCACCUACGGCCGGAGGUCAAUACCACUGGGUGUCGGAGUUUGCGCCUCCACGUAUGCGAAAGGUGCUCAGCUACUACUCUGGUUGGCUCACUGCCAUCGGCUGGCAGGUGUAUAACGCCAGCGUGUGUUUCUUGGUCGGCACGAUGAUCCAGGGCUUGAUUGUCCUGAACGACCCGACCUAUAUCUACAAGAGAUGGCAUGGAACCCUCCUGUCCAUGUCCACCACCGUGUUCUGUAUCUCCUUCAACACGGUGUUGGCGUCGCGAUUGCCCAUUAUCGAGGGCAUGGUCCUGAUCCUGCACGUGGUGGGUUUCUUCGCCAUCGUCAUCACCCUCUGGGUCAUGGCCCCCCGCGCCGACGCGCACACCGCUCUCCUCGAGUUCACCAACUUUGGCGGCUGGUCGAGCGACGGCCUGUCCGCCAUGAUUGGUCUCCUGGCGCCCAUGGCUGUCCUGGUUGGCUACGAUUGCUCCGUCCACAUGUCCGAAGAAAUCAAAGACGCCUCCGUCACCCUGCCUCGCGCCAUCAUGGGCUCGGUGAUCGUCAACAUCACCCUGGUGUUCGUCGUGGUGACCACCCUGUGCUUCACCACGGGCGACCAGGCCUCGGUGGCGGUCUCGGCGACGGGCUACCCGUUCAUCCAGGUCUUCUACAACGCCACCAACUCGUUCGCCGGCACCAACGUGCUGACGGCCAUCAUCAUCGUCAUGAUGGCCGCGUGCGCCGUGUCCGAGGUGGCGGCCGCGUCGCGGCAGAUCUGGGCGUUUGCCCGCGACGGCGGCCUGCCGGCCUCGCCAUGGCUCUCCAAGAUCUCGCCCGGCUGGAACAUCCCGCUGCCCGCCGUCACCGUCACGCUCCUGGUCUCGGCGCUGAUCUCGCUGAUCAACAUCGGCUCGACCGUCGCGCUCAACGCCAUCACCUCGCUGGGCGCCAUCGCCACCCUCAUCUCCUACUUCCUCACCAUCAGCUGCGUGCUGUACCGCCGCGUCACGGGGCCCGAGCUGCCCCCGCGCCGCUGGUCGCUCGGCCGCUGGGGGCUCGCCAUCAACGUCACCGCGCUCCUCUUCCUGAUCCCCCUGAUCUUCUUCCUCAGCUGGCCUCUGGUCACCCCCGUCACCGCCGUGACCAUGAACUGGUCGAGCACCAUGCUGGGCGGCUCCCUCAUCAUCGCCACCGCCUACUACCUGGUGUGGGGCAAGACCUCGUACGUGCCCCCCGUGGUGCACGUCAAGCGUGACAUGUAGAACAACAACAACACACAACCCGCUCAUCCCAACCAAACCCAUUUGAAAAUAUGGCACCUUUCUUUUUCUUUGCUCGCCGCUGUCACUUGUGCGAUUUGGGUUCGGGAGCUUAAAACGGGGUUUCGGGGGGGCUCAUCCGCAAAGAUUAAAAAACUUAUCGUGUAUAGACUUUUUUUUGUGGUUGUUUGUUGCUUGGGGACCAUUUGAGAGGUUGUCUGAAAUCAUAUACACACACUCCCUGUCUAAAGAUUUUGUUGGAACCUCCUUAGCCUUGUUCUCUAAGUUACUAUGCAACCCGAGAGGAAAGCAAGAGUCGUACAUGAGAUUGGGGCCGUAUGUAUACACAUAUACAUGUAGUAGCUGAUCUUUGAUCACAAGCUAGGCAGGCAGAUCAGAUGGGUUCCUUAAUAGAUUUGACGCCUCUCGAUGAUGUUGUUUCUUCAUCUGUAUGGGGGGGAGAGAGAGAGGUCAAAAGUGCUAGUACGAGCGACGAUCCCUCUCUCAUAAGUAUUUGAACAGGGCGUGGAUUAAGAAGCAUGGCCUCUCGCUCGUCAAUGGCGAGAAUGUCACAUGGCACAUGAACGAGAGGACAAGUCGAUGCCAGCGUUGCUAUGCCUUGGCCAUAGUACUCGUACUUUUCGCGCCUGCGAUACCCUUUGUAAUUGGCUGUGCUGAUAUAUCCGCAUCAACAUCAAUCAAUAAUGUCCCCCCCGGUCCC